GGCAGGCAGCUGUGACGACAGAGACAACAAAAUCGAAGUUAACAACAAUAAAUAAAUAGAACAAAAAAAUGUACACACUGCUGCACGGCUUCUACAAAUACUUUACACAAAAAGACGAGUACUGUGUGGUGAUCCUAGGCCUGGACAAUGCUGGAAAAACGACGUACCUGGAGGCGGCCAAGACUAAGUUUACAAGGAACUACAAGGGCCUAAACCCAACGAAAAUCACAACGACAGUUGGCCUCAACAUUGGCACCAUCGAUGUGCAGGGCGUGCGACUGAACUUCUGGGACCUGGGCGGCCAGCAGGAGCUGCAAUCGCUGUGGGACAAAUACUAUCAAGAGUCGCAUGGCGUCAUCUAUGUGAUAGACUCGAAUGAUCGGGAGCGCAUGGACGAGUCGAAGAUCAUUUUUGAUAAAAUGAUCAAGAAUGAGCUGCUCUCGGGUGUGCCACUGCUUAUACUGGCCAACAAACAGGAUCUGCCCGAUGUGAUGGGCGUGCGUGAGAUAAAGCCAGUCUUCCAGCAGGCUGGUGCCCUAAUCGGUCGCCGUGAUUGCCUCACCAUUCCCGUCUCAGCGUUAACCGGUGAGGGUGUGGACGAGGGCAUCAAAUGGCUAGUCGAGGCCAUCAAGCGGCAUGCCUUAGUACGGCCGCCGCGAGAGAACGAUUGAACGAUGCAACGAGAGCAACAGCAGCAGCAGUAGCAGUAGCAGCAGCAGUAGCAGCAGCAGCCUUACCUACUAGUAGCUUUAACGUUUGUAUAUUAUAAUAUUUAAGGUCUAAGGUAUACAGUGUUUAGUUAUAGGAGAGAGAGUGUGCAGAGUAGUAUGGUUCCUUCCUACUGCUCUAUUCAUACAUAAAUAUGUAGAUAAUGUUGUUAUCCUUAAAUGCCCCGAAAAAAACCCAAGCGUGAGUCUGACAUUGCUUUGAAUUCUUUAUCUUCCCCCUCUUGUUCGCAACAGACCACGUCCAGACCUCUGCUCCAGUCAGUCCCUCAAUGGCAGUUGUCAAUGACGACUUUGCUUAUCCAAAAAAAAAGGAACAACAGCAACAACAAAUACCUGAAGCAGAUUGUUAUAUGUUCUCACGGCGUGGUGUUAUCAGCCCUCCGAUAGAUAAGUGUGUGUAGUUUUCGUCUCUAUCGGACUGUGCCACCAAUAUAAUACUGCAAACACUUGCAGUGGCGGAGGGGAGAGAGCUGAGGCCCCAUGCGGCAGGCUAUGUCAGUCUUCUGCAGAAGUUUCAUCGGCUCGGGCCAGCCAGUCCGUCCAUUGUGUUCAUUCCGUUUUUAACGUUCAAAUAAUGGAAUGAUCUCGCCCCAUAAACUAUUAGUGCCUUAAACCUUCUCCGGCUCAGCGACCGACAACCAAAUAAAAGAACAAGACCAAGAAAAUAUACUUACUUGUGGUUUUAUAUGUGUAUUGUAUAU